AUGUAAAGAAAGACGCGGAGAGGAGGCGUGGCCGCAGAAGUUGGGCUCGUUCACGGAGAAGACCUCCGUCUGCGGAGAAGAGGAGUCAGACGGAGGCGAAGCGAAGCGCGGCGGCUGGAAAAACUCAACAUUCCGCCUUAAAACGGUAAGUCGGUGUCAGUCGGUUGGUUCCUGCGCUGCUUUCUGCGGUUCCGGUCGGUUUUUGGGGAGAAAACGGUGGGAAACCGAUGAACACCGUCACAGCCAGCAGACGCCCUCCUGUGACCUCACCGAUCUUCAGUCGGCCUGCACUGCUCCUCCUCCUCUUUGGUCUUCCUCCUCCUUCCAUCAGCCGGGCCGAGGGGGCGGGACUAAAGAACAGCUGGCUGGUCAGCUGAGUCAUUACUCAGACUGCGAUUGGCUGGUGGCGGUUCCAUGGCAGCUUCAGAACGGGUCCAGAACGACGGUGACGUCAUCCUCCCCGUGGAACUCAACACAACCUCCUCCGGCUCUCCUGCUGCCCCCCCUCCUCAGAGGGUCGCCAACGGCGGCCCGAGCCGCCUCAGCACGCCCCCCCCAGACGACCACGACGGCAAAGGCAGGGGCGGCGGUCGCCUGAGCGGACUGCUGAAGCAGAACCCCCUGGUGCAGUCGCUGAGCCGGCUGCAGCGCCGCUGCGACUACACCAAGAUCUCCAUGCCCGAGGAGCGCGCCAACCACCUCCCCAACGAGUGGUGGAAAACGGGCGUGGCCUUCCUCUACGCCAUCUUCAACCUCAUCUUCACCACCGUGGUCAUCACCAUCGUCCACGAGAGGGUCCCAGACAAGUCCGUGAGCCCGCCGCUGCCCGACAAGUUCUUUGACUACGUGGACCGGGUCCCCUGGGCGUUCACCGUCACCGAGACCAACGGCCUGAUCCUGGUGGGGUUCUGGCUGGUCCAGUGGAUACUCCUCAAACACAAAGCCAUCGUGGGCCGGCGCUGCUUCUUCCUCAUCGGGACGCUCUACAUGUACCGCUGCAUCACCAUGUACAUCACCACGCUGCCGGUGCCGGGGAAGCACAUGGUCUGCGCUCCAAAGCUUUAUAACGACUCUGUGGGGAAAAUCUGGAGGAUUCUGCGGCUGCUGUCAGGAGGAGGUUUGUCGAUCACAAGUUCUCACCUGAUGUGUGGAGACUUCCUGUACAGCGGUCACACGGUCAUGCUGACACUGGCGUACCUGUUCAUCAAGGAGUACUCCCCCCGGUGGAUGUGGUGGUACCACUGGUUCUGCUGGCUGCUCUGCGCCUCUGGAGUUGUCUGCAUCCUGGUUGCUCAUGAGCACUACAGCAUCGACGUGCUGAUCGCGUACAUCGCCACCACCAGGAUCUUCUGGUGGUACCACACCAUGGCCAACACACACGAGCUCCGCGGCGUUCCAAACAACUACCUGUCCAGAACUUGGUGGAACCCGGUGUUCAACUUCCUGGAGGGGAACGUCCAGACCACGGUUCCCCUGGUUUUUCUGUCACCGCUGGCGCUCCUGUCGUCCUGCAGACAGAGGUACAGGAUGGUGGAGGGCUCCCGGGACGAGUGAGGACGGCGUCCGGGGCCAGUGAGGACGGCACCUGGGACGGUGUCCAGUCCUGCAGGAUCACCUCAGACUGUUUAUUUAUUAGCAGCAGCUUCUGCUGAAGAAAAAAGACUCAACGCAGAAGAGACGUUGUAAGAUGUUUACAUCGGUCCACCGCGACGUCCAGACUGAGCCGCUGGCGCCGUCAAGCUUCUGUUUGUUGCUUGUUUUAAAGCCAGGAUGGCGAGAUGGGCGUGGACUCUCCAUGUGAAAGUGAAACCGACAACCUCUUGGUGCCAACUCCUAGCUAAGCAACAUGCUAGCAGUACCGAACAAUUAACUUUUUAUGUCUUUUCCAACGGAUCCUAAAACUGUCCCCUUUGUGUUUAUGGUUUAUGCUAGCUCUACCAGCUCGUGGCUCGGAUGGUUAGCCAUCGGAGACGCUAGCUGGUAGCGUCUCCGAUGGUUAGCCAUCGUCAGGGAAGCUAGCAGGUUUUCUGUAAAUAGUUUUUGUUGUUUGAAUGUCGACACACCCAAGUGCUAAAGAGAAACUGGUAAACUUGAAGUUCCUGAAACAGUUCUAAUAAUAAAAGACCAAAAUGUAAUUA